AUGGUGGAAGGAAGCGUGAAAUCCCUAACAAUCGCGGAGCUCCUCCGUGAAUGUCGUCCUCGCACCGGCGCAUCGUCACUUAUUUCCAGUCCUUGUCCGAAAAUUCCACCACCACACUUUUCACCCUCCCUCCCCACUCCCACUCCCACACUUUCUUCCCCCAAAAUACUCAAAUCCCUUAACCAUCCAACUCUUCUUACUGGAAUCCUUUUUCUACCUCCUCAUGGAGAUGGACACGAUUCACCUCUCAACUGCAAUUGUUUUCGUUUCUCUGAUGGCGCUGACACUGUUUGUUGUGACAUUCUUCGGUUUAAUCCCUCUAUGAUUAACAAAAAGGUUCAAAUUUUAGGUUGGAAUUUCAUACCCUUCAACUGUAAUGCUAAUGCUAAUGGUGGGUUCUUAGAAAUUAUUCGGUGGGCUUUUCUCGAUUCUACUUCUGCAUCUUCGGAUACUUUUUCAAUACUUUCUCGGUCUUGUGUUGAUCAAUAUUAUAGUGUAAAAGCUCGAUACUUUGUAUGCGGCCUAGUAGAAUCUGUUAGCCCUGUUUCUGUCGUUCCAUGCAGAGCUGGCUCCACAGCUCAUACUGAAAAUCUUCAUGGCUUCCUCGUAAAUAUUUUAGUUUGUAGCUGUAAAUUGUGUAAUUCUAAAUAUAAUAUAAGAUUGGAUAUGCGGUAUUCAAAUGAUCAUUUUUAUAACAAACCUGAGAUUGUCUACUUUUGUGGCUCUGCUUCUUCUUGGCAUCCAGUUCUUUCAAGACUGAUAAAGAGAAAUGUUUCAAUAUCGGGAUUGAAGAAGAGACUUGUAUUUGUGGGAAAAAAACUGUCUCGAUUGAUGUAUGUAGUUGUGGAUAAUUCUUUGAUGUAUAUUCCUAACUUUCCCCUCCCCCUUGGGGUAACUGAUGUGAGAGGGGAAGGAGAACUUGUUAGUUAUACAGGAACUGUGACAGGAAUUUACAUGAGGGGUAUGAUUGUUGAGUUGGAUAAUGAACUUUUGCUAUUGUUAACUGAUCAGCAGCUUUCCGUUCCACAUAGUGUGAGAGUUGGAGCAAUGGUAUCAGUGAAAAACGUUCAUGUUGUAAAUCCAAAUUUUUCAUGGACAAAGACGCUUAUACUCGGCUCUUGUGUUAAAACUAGCAUUUCUGUGGAAUGUUUCUCCUCGCUGGAAACCGGGUGUUAUACAGUGACCUGCUGUGAGAAUCUUCUUGCAAAGUUCAUUGACUCCUUGGCGUUUGUUGCCAGGCUAUGGGUAUUACUUGUCAUCAUCUGUUUAAGGAGAAAGUUUUCUGGGAUCUUAUCUGAGAAAGAGAUCUUGGGAUCAACAAAUAGGAAAGGAUUGGCUCAGACAUAUGCAACUUCAUAUUUACCCCCUUCAGUCUUCCGAAUUCGGCAUGGGAUGUUCAUGGAAUUUGUCAAGCAUGAUAAAUGUGCGUGUGGCAGGGAAAGAAGUUCUGCUCCUUUGAAGUUGGUUGCACCUAUCGCUAAUUUAAUUAAUUCUUGUGAGGCCAUGUGGAAGAAAAUGAUUUGCCAUCAGGACACAGAUUUUAAUAUCAUGGGUACCCAAAAGGAGAACAACUCCAUAUCUUGUGAUGGCAGACCUUAUGUGCUGUCUAUAAGGAAAGCCAUUCACAGUGAAGACAUAGGUGUUUCUUUGCUUGGAAUCUUAAAGGUCUCACAAUCGUCUGGAAGGAUGUUGCUUGUUGAUGCAACUGGAAGCAUUGAUGUUAUCAUACCAGAUCUUCCAUUAAGUUUGAACAUCAAUAACAUAUAUGAGGUCAGAAAUUUUUUUGCAAUUAUGGAAGACAUACCCAUGAAGCUGGGUCCUGUGGAUUUACUCCAAAAUGCACCUUUCACGUGUAGAAGUAUUUUUGAGAAUGCUCCACUUGUGAGAGAGAUGAACAUGCCACUGCAUUUUUACUACGACCUGAGGGACCUAAUACCUGUAAAUCAUCAUUUUACUACCUCUGUACAUUCACCAGUUGACUUUCAGAAAGUUGGACGAGGAAAGUAUCAUCUACUUCAGUUGAUGCACAAAUUCCCUAUUCUGCAAAAGCAUCAGUUUCAAGGAAGUCAACAUGCUUCAAAUACAUCAAGCACAUUUGCUGAGGCCUUAAUUUUGCCUUGGGAUUUACUUAUUGCUGGCAACAACAGAGAUACCUGUAUUGAAGAGCCUUUGAUAGACCAAUUGAAGCAACCAAUGAAAUUUUUUAAUAGAAUGGAAAUUGGAAAGCUUAUUGCAUGUAAAAGACAAAAGCCUGAUCAACUGUCUAAUGAGGCUUUGACAUCUGCACUCAAUGAUACUGGAAAUGAACCGAGUUACAGCUCCAGUCACCCAGCUUACACAUGCUCUUUUGUGGUGGGCAAGCGUCAUGACUCAUGCUGUCCAGAGGAGAUCCCAUGUCUUGUGAUGGGAAAUUGUGUUAAUUAUCCUUUCCUUGGUAUGUUGCACCACACAGACACCAGAACAGAUGUGGGGUCUUGCUCCAAACCACAAGUGAGAAGGGCAUUGCUGGAAUUCAAGUCUGAAGCUUUAUCUGUUUAUGAGAGGUUAAAAAUUGGAAGUCAUUACCUUAUAAAACAUCAGAAAGAAGAUAUGUUUUGUACUGAUGCAAUAGGUGAUACAAUAGUUGUGAAUUCGGGAACCAACAUUUGGAGCGUUUCUUUUUCAUCUGUUAAUGUUCACCAAAAUUUUGAUGUAUCCUGCUUGCUUCAACAGUCUGGUUCCUUUUUAAGUCACAAUAAUGAUCUUCCAGAAGGCUAUCAUCAGUUUCAAAUUCCAAACUCUUUGCCUAAUGGAAGCAAUGAUAUCUCUUCAGAUGUCAACUUAUAUAUGCCAUCUGAUGUCACAAACUUAUUUGAUGUUAACUUGGUGUUGUUGGAGAACUGUUCUCUCGAGCCUCUUGUUCCAUUUGGAGAAAUGACCAACAUCUGCCCCUCUGAUCAUAAUUUGCCAGAGGGAAAUCUAACAUCUAUUCAUGGGCAAAUCAAGGCUGUUCAUUAUUCAGAUGGAAAAUCAUAUGCUGCACAUUUGAGGUGCGAGAGCAUCAAUGGUGUUUGUCCAUCACUAUUCUUAGAAGGAACUAUCAGUAUAUGUGUCCACGUUUUAAUAGACCAUAAGAUGGUCAAGAUUUUUGGCUCUGCAAAUAAACCCGCUUACCCUGCUGGAUUUGGACGAGGUGUCACUGCAUCAUUUCACAGAGUACUAGCCCUCAGUGCGCAGGACAACUUUAUGUUGAUACCUACAUCCUUCAUUGUUAUCAACCCAUCAAGUUUGAUAAAUGAUCACAGUGUUGAUCCACACACCUACAAAUCUGCUGCUUUGGACUUGGAUGGUGGUUCUCCAUUCUAUGCUAAUACUGCAUCUCUAAUUGCUGAUACAGUAAGCUGUUUAGCGACUCAACAAGUGGAGUUCCAUUGCAGGGUUGUGGCUAUUUAUGUCCUUGUCCUGGAGUACAACACAAAAAACAAAUACCAUCUGUCAAGAACUGAGUCUAGACCUAAUUCAUUUGCGAUUGACAUUCCACUUGCUGGUUUUAUCCUUGAUCACGGUUCAUCAUCAUGCUGUUGCUGGGCUAGUUGGGAGAGGGCAGCAGUUUUUCUGGGGUUACAUGAUGAAGAACUUAGAGGUGAAGCCUAUGCUGAAACUUGCAAGAAGUCAAGGAAGACCAGGAAAAAGCAAGCAUGUAGCAGUUUAAGGAGUAUAAUGAAGCGGCAUGGCACAGUCACAGUGAGAAACCAGGCCUCCACGUUUGAUUCAUCAUGUCAAGAUCUUGUUUUUUCUGCCCAGUCUAAGAAGAUUAUAAGUAGUUUGGAUCGAGAUUUCUUUCAGUCCCUCAUCCUCAAAGCUUGCUGCAGCACCCCUUUGACGGUUGUUGGCAGUUUGGUGAAUUCAGACGCUAUCAGGCAGCUGGAGACACAUUUGACUGAGCUGGAUAUCGUGAUGCUUCCCAUGCAAAAUGUAUGGGUUUCGGAAGUUGGUCACAUGGACAGCCUUGCUCAGGCUAAAAAGAUCCUUCAAGGAAUUGUUGAAAGCUGAAUUUGUGAUGUAAAUUGUUAUGUACACGUACAUGUCCAUGGAUUUUCUUCUUAACCAUACAUAUAUCUUGAUGUCAUUUCACAAAAAAUAUUCUGUUCAAACUCAGUUUCGACCAUAAUGAUGUUUUGAUUGUCAGAUGAUGUGUUCGGUUUGCAGUCUCCUAUUUGUUCACAUCAUCUUGUAAUCAUGGUCAAGUGCUCGGAGUUUUGGUGUUC